AAAUACGCGAAUCCAAAACAAACUUCUAAUUGCCCAAUCCAGUUAUUGGAUUCUUCUCCUUUUCCAUUUUCUCAUUUAUCAGAGCAUCUUCUCCGAUCAUUCUCCGGCGAAUUUCCUUAGCUUGAAGAGGAAUAUACUCAUUCAUCGGAUCGGUUUCCGGCUGAGAAACAGAGGGAGAGAUGAGUCCGGUGUUCGAGGGAUAUGAGCGCCAAUACUGCGAGCUUUCUGCUAAUUUGUCGCGGAAAUGCACAUCAACAAGUGUCCUCGAUGGAGAGCUGAAGAAGCAGAAGCUCUCUGAAAUAAAGGAGGGGCUAGAUGAAGCUGACACUCUGAUUCGAAAGAUGGAUCUUGAGGCAAGGAGUUUUCAACCUAACAUAAAGGCAGCGCUUCUUGCUAAGUUACGAGAGUAUAAGACUGAUCUGAACAAUUUGAAGAAUGAAGUUAAAAGAAUCACAUCUGUGAAUGCCAAUCAGGCUGCUCGGGAUGAUUUGCUGGAGUCAGGAAUGGCAGAUGCUAUGACGGUCUCUGCUAAUCAAAGAGGCAGACUAUUGAUAUCAACAGAGAGGUUGACUCAGUCCACUGAAAGAAUUAAGGAGAGUAGAAGAACAAUGUUGGAAACAGAAGAGCUUGGUGUUUCAAUCCUUCAAGAUUUGAAUCAACAACGCCAAGCUCUCCUACACGCUCACAGCACGCUUAAUAGUGUGGAUGAUAAUAUUGACAGAAGCAAGAAGAUCUUGACGUCCAUUUCAAGGAGGAUGAACAGGAACAAAUGGAUAAUUGGCUCCAUAAUCGCAGCACUUGUCCUCGCCAUCUUAGUGAUCCUUUAUUUCAAGCUAACUCGUUAACUAUUCUGUGCUUCUAUGCUAUCAAUUCAUUGAGCAUCCUUUGGACUAGAGCAGAUUCCUUUUGUUUGACGCAAUGUCUAGUUGGCGGUCUUUCUUUUAUUUUAAGACUCAAAAUUUAAAAAAAAAAAAUUGCAAAAUCAAAUUUCUAGAAAUUGCAAAAUCAGUAUUUUCAGUUUUCAACAGUUCUAUUGUUUCCUUUCUGAUUUUAGUUGAGGGGAUGGGACACACUACAGUAUUUCUUUAUUUCUUUCCCUCAUUGAAACAUAAAUUUGGAUGUAUAUAUAUUAUUCUACAAGUGAAAAAUAAGCCCGUGGAUUUUUUCUUGAUA